GGUAACUCUUUAUCUAAGCAUAAUUCUACUUUUGUGUAGAGAAAUGUUUAGAAACUUUGAUGCUGUCAACUACAUGUCACCUUCUGAAAACUAAAUGGAUCCCACAUCUAUUCAAAUUCCAUGGACACAAAGUCUAAAAAUUUAAAUGAAACAUUAAAACCAAUAAUGGAUCUUUCAGAAAUAAACACUCUCACCAUAUGUCCUGAGAAGUACAAGGGACUGCUGGAGUACGUAGCAAAUCAAUGCACGUGCAAAAAUUGCGAUGGCAACAUCAAUAAUCAGAAGACGAGGGAUCGUAGCCAGAGCGAGGAUAAAAAACCCAAACGAACUAAACCUAGGGCCGAGAUCUGCAAGUUGAAAGGAACAAUUGUUCAGUGGAGGAUCACUCUUGAAAACGAUCUAGAUGACAACUGUGUGAUCGUUAAUCACGAAGGCUUUCGAGGAUCUGACAUUGAAGUAUCAGAGAUAAAGAAGACAGCAACAACAGAGACUAUAAGAAGUGGUUCUGUGAAAGACGAGAAAGGGGAAGAUGUAGAAUAGAAAUUGAAAAUUGUUUUAUAGUUCAUAUGUAUCCAUGGAAUAAUAAAUGUGUUGAAUAUUGAA